CCGAGAAAAAAAAACAAACGACACGUAUCUCUCUCUCUCUCUCUCUCUCUCUCUCUCUUUCCUUGUGAUCAUUUAUUAUUGCGCAAAAAGGUGAGCAGCCACCAGGUGAUAUUUUGUUUUCGUUUCGUUUUUGGACCUGACAAAAAAAAACAAAAAACAUUGAAAUUAUUGUGCCUUUACCGAAAGAAAAAAUCCUUCUGAAUGAUUAUGAAUAAUAAAAUUGUUUCAUCCGAACCAUCAUCGAAUCAUCAUUAUCAUCGUAAUAAUAAUGGUAAUAUGAUUGUACAUCAUCCACAUUCAACAUCGAACCAUACGAAUAAUAAUAAUAAUAAUGAACAAUCAUCAUCGUCAACGACAAUGGUAACACAAUAUCCAAGAUAUUCAUCAGUUACAGCAGCAUUAAUAUGGCCAAUAAUAGUACGACCAUUAUUAUGUAAAAUACAAAAACAUAGUCAACAGGCUGCUGUUGUUUUAUUAAAAGCAUUAGGAAAAUGUGAGCAUAGACGUCCCGGUUUUUUAUUAGAAUUUAUUACAGAAAUUCUUGCAACCAGAAAUAUUAUUUCAAUGAAUAUGACUGAAGCAUUGUUGCGAAUGCAAUCACAAAUACCUGAAUUUGAAGAACAACGUUGUCGUCGACAAGAAGAACCAUUUCAAGAAUUGAAUCGUCGUACAUUUGCAUUGAAAAAAAUCUUAUCACGUAUACCGGAUGUUCUUUAUGAUCGUCAGGUAUUUCUGGAAACCAUACGUAAAAUUGCUUCGGCAAUCAAGAAAUUAUUGGAUUGUGUUAAUGAUAUUACCGGUUCGAAUGGAUCAUCAUCGUCAUCGUCAUCAUCUUCGGGUGGAUUUAUUCAAACCUAUCAAGAUAAACGUUCAAUUGAACAACGUAAACGUGAAUUCAUUAAAGAUUCAAAAAAUUUUAGCCAAACAUUAAAAGAAUAUUUUAAACAUGGUGAUAGUUCAUCUGUUUUACAAAGUGCAGCACAAUUAAUAUUAGCUACAAAUGCUAUACAGAAAACAAUAAAAAUUUCUUGUGAUCCAAGAGAUCAAACAUCAUCGGCUAUUCAUCAAUUGAAUAAUAUUACUAAAUGAUCGAUGAUUUUUCGACUAUAACAUCCCACCGACGAAAAAAAAGUGCCUAAAUCCAAAUCAAAAAAAAAAUCGAUAAAAACAAAUUU